CAGGUUUCUGGGCUCCGGCUGGCAGAAGAGCAGCCUCGACUCGGCCUCGGACCUUUGUAGAAACGAUGGAAGACGUCCGUCCUGCAGUGGACUCAGGUCCAGGAUCAGUUUCUGAGGCUUCCUGGUCCAUGAAGGCCUGAAGCGAACGCAGCCAAACACAGUCGUGCUUCCUGCAGCGGCUCGCUCUCACAGUGGAAGCUCUGAGGAAUGAGCGGUAUGUUUGGGAGCUCGGCCCUCUUGUGUUCUGAUCUGUUUCUUUUUAAUGUGGRCUUCAAGCUCCUGUCCUGUCACAUAAAUCUGUCAUGUUUCUAGAAAGCUUGUCUUGUUCUCUGCUGUCACAGAUUUGUGGUCUCCCUCAGGUCACACAUCUUCACUCCUGUGAGUCUUUAUCUGAUCAGGACCUGUUUUUUAUUAGAAACCUGUAUUUAGCCUUCUGCUUCUUCUCUGACAAUCUAAUAAUAGUAAUAAUAAUAAAAAACAUCAAGAAAAAUAUCUAAAAGAUUGAGGAACAAAUAAAGAGACUUGCAUUUCUGACAGUAAUAUUACAAAAAUAUUGUAUGUUUUUUUACAUUUUAUAUUAAAAUCAAUAUAUAUUGUUUAGUGCAGCAACAAUAAGUUAAUAUUAACUUGUAAAAUAUGUUUUAUUCUCUUUAUUAAAAAUAAACUACAUUUCCCAUGAUGCCUUUCGAGUCGGCUCCAACCCGCACGUGCGCGGACUGGUGACAACCCGGGACGAAGCGAAGCGUCGCUAAUUGAGAGCAUUUGGGACAUUUCUCUGCGCGUCUCUGGGUCGGACAGGCGGGACAACAUGUCCUCGGAGGACAGCGACGUUCUGCUGUUUUUAAUCCACAAACACCUGAAGAUAAACGGGUACAAAAAGGCCGCGAAGCAGCUGGAGAAAUACGUAACUCAGGCGGAGCCACCAGAGCAGAGCUCGGACCUGCAGGACGUCUACAGCCAGUGGUUGAAGCUUUCUUCAGCUCAGGAUGCCAAACAGGAAGUAGAAACUUCUAAGAAAUCAAAGAAAAUCAAAGAGCUCUCCACCAACGAAGAAGAGGAGGAGGCUGCAGGAACCGAACUCUGUACCGUCACAGAAGAAGACAAACCUUUGCUUGAGGCAGAUSUUCCAUCGUCCACUGAGCAGCAGCUGGACGGUUCUGAUGGUUCUGAUGGAACCAGAACAGACGAGAAGCUCGACUCUGAAAAGACGAAACACGAGGAAACAAACGCAGAAGAAGAGGAAGCAGCUGAUGAGAGAAGCUCUGAGCUCAGAGAUGAAGUUGCUCCAGUCCCAGCCUCCUCCUCCUCCUCUUCAUCAGAGGAUGAAGAUGGAGCUGCACAGCUGCAGAGAUCCGUUCGGGUCGAGUUCGUCGCCUCCGAGCCGACAGCCGAGGAAACAACCAAGAUUGAAGCCCCGCCCCCUGCAGAUACCAUCAGAGCCCCGCCCCCUGCAGACGUGGAAACGUUAGAGGAGGAAACAUCUGCAGGAACGAUGGACGUCUGUUGGACGGAGCAGAGGACAGAAGAGACGAAACCUGAGGACCAAACUGACGAUGUCGUCCUCAUCGACGAGGAAGAGCAAGAAGACCUCUUCAUCGCCAGAGGAUUGUCUCAGCAGGAAACAGGAAGUCCACAGCCUGAGGAGCCCAGAACCCAGGAGGAAGAGGAGGGUGAGGCUCCUCUGAGCAGCAAGAAGAAGAAAAAGAAGAAAAGAAAGAGAGCGAGAGAAGAGGAGGAAGCUGCAGUCGCCCCAUCAGAGCCGCUGGAGGAAGAGGAGCCAGCAGGAGGCGACAGAGUCGAGGAAAAUUCAACCAAAACACAGAGCGUGAUGAAGGCUGAGGAGCAGAACCAGGAGCCGACAGAAGUCGAGACGGUUUUAAAUGGAGAGAAGAAGAAAAAGAAGAAAAGAAAGAGAGCGAGAGAAGAGCAGGAGGCUGCAGUCGCCCCGUCAGAGCCGCAGGAGGAAGAGGAGCCAGCAGGAGGCGACAGAGUCGAGGAAAAUUCAACCAAAACUAAAAAACGUUGCAGGAACAAACCGAGCUGGAAGAAGAGACAAAAGUUUCAAACUAAAGUGACGAUGAUGAAGAUGAAGAGCAUCAGAUGGUCUCCAGGACACGUCGUCGUCACGGGAAGAAACAAGCUGCAGCUGAAAGAAGAAAACGAGUCUUUACAGAAAGAGAAGAAGAAGAGGAAGAGGAGGAGYGCGAUGAAGGCUGAGGAGCCCACAGAAGAAGCAGAGAUGUUUUCAAACGGAGAGAAGAAGAAGAAGAAGAGGAAAGAAAAGAUGGAAGAAGAUUCAAGUCUGGUUCCUGUGACCGAGCUGCCAGCAAAGAGACACAAGAAGAAGAGGGCGAAACAGGAAGAGGCAGAGCCUGAGGAAGAGGAGCAAACUCCUCCUGUGAAAAAGAAGAAGAAAUCCUCCAAAAACAAGUUAAACAGGGCGUUUUGGACCUGAAAAUAAAAAUGUUAGUGUUUUCUGUUCCUGUGUGAAGCUGUUAGUUUUCUGUAAAUGAAACAAUAAGUUUCAUUGAUUAGUUAAAAAAUAUCAAAGUCCUGAAAGUUACAGGAGCAAACGGUGAAAAAUUUAAUGUUUCAGCUGCUUUGGGAACAAAUCUUUCUGCUGUGGACACUUUAAUGACUAAAACAAAGUUUUAACCCUGACAAACUUCAUCCUACAGUUACUGCAUGAGGAGGUUUGGAUUCAAGAGAUUUCUACUUGUUUCUGUGUUUUUUUUGGUUAGAUUUAUAUGUUUGAGUUUUUCUUUUUGUUUCACAAAGAUUUAGAUUAAAAUCUUUAACAGUUGUAGAAAUUUAAACACUGUUCUUUAAUGUUCUUGAAAUUCAGAGAAAAAAAGUUUGUUUCAAACUUUAUUAAUAAAACCUUUCUUCAA